GGACAUAAAUGACAUAAAGAGUAUAAUUAUGACGGGCUUGGGUUUUGCCAUCGUGAACCUCUGUUUCCGUUUCGAGUCGCUCACUCCGCUUCAAACUCAUCGUCAAUCAGUGACUCCGACCUUAACGAUUACUGUCGGCGGUCUGCACCCUCUAUUCCGGUGCUGCUUCUAUCUCUGCUCUUCGAGUUUGAGGGUUAGCUUCACUGUCGUUUCGUCAGCCCCUCUCUCUUGUCCCUCCAGUGACUCCUCCGUCCUACACAGACUUCAAUUCUGCACCAGCUCCACAGAAGCAGAAUCGUUAGUCCCUCACACCUCCGUGACUCCGUCCUGCACGGGUUGCUACUGGUGGUAUGCAUCUCUGAUUCCGGUGGCACUGAACCUUCAUCUUACAGUUACCACACAAUGCACUGACAAUGAAAUGCACAGAAUUCUCCUGAAUUCUUCCAGUUCUCAAGUUUGCAACUUCUCUUUCCUGGCUGGAAUUGAAGAGAAAUGAAAUGCUCAAGUGUUUGCAAACAGUACAAGCUUGACAUGAGAUCAAGGAUUUGGGGAAAUAAGGGCUACUAAAUGGAGGGUAAUGUUACCAAAUUACUCAGUUGUUUGGUUACUAAAUAAGGGCUACUAGAUUCCAGUGUGUUUUUUUCUUGAGAAAAACAAAAAGAAAUUCAAAGAAACGACUGAAUGAGUAGACUUAGAGAUUUUGUUAUCAAGAACUGUUUUGGGUAGUUAUUUUCAGAUUCAUAUAUGAUAAAACAAUUUUUGGUAGGUAGCAGUAGUCCUAUUGCUUAGUGUUAGAUUUUUUGCGAUGCUGAGCAAAAUAUUUACUUUUUAUUGGAGUCGAAGUAGCUGGAGUGCCUGCAUUUGGUUACAGCUAUAUGCCUAAUCAUUUACAGCACAAUCCUUUUUAUGUGAGUCAGCGUUGACAUGAUUGGAAAAGGUAUACUAAUUAAGCAUGCUACAUUGUCAUUUUGGUCUAUGAACUUUGGGGUGGGUGUAAUAACAAUUUGGUGCACAAUAUUUAUUUUUUUUCCAUCUAGGAUGUUUGAAUAGAGGCCUGUUCUCUUUGUAACUGUCAGUUUUAAUUUAAGUUAUUUUUUCUUGGAUUUCCAUUGCAUUUGGGUGGGUGCACAGUUUCUCAGUUGAAUUCUCUUUUUUACCGUCCAGUUCCUCUUGCUUAGUGGCACAUUGAAACCAGUAAGCAAAACUUUGCAGCUUGCAAUGAAAUAUUAAGUGAGAUUUGCCUUUUUAUCGGCAAUAAAUGAGAUAUGCUAUACGAAGGUUGUUCGUAUCUAAGAUGUUUCUUUUUCAUAAUUGUCUUAACUGCAGUUUAUUAAAUUAUCUUAAUUUUGUGCUAGGUUGUUGAUUCAUUAAGGCAAGGUCAUCAGGCAAUGAUAUUUGUUAAUUCGUGAAAGGAUACAGAAAAAACAUCAGGAAAACCAGUAGGCCUUUUCAUCCUGUCCCAUCUGAGUUUCUUUGUCAUAUGAGUCUCAAUUGUCUGAGUUAUGUUGAACUUGCAUUUGUUAGGAAGUAUGAUAACCUGGAGAUUCAAGAGUAACACCCAUCCACAGUUUUCCGUAGUAAAGGCAAGAGCUGGAAAUGCAUAUUUUUUCCCUUCAUUAUUUCAUAUUUCAAACAUUGUUAAUAGAUUACCAUUUUUUGCAUUUCAGAAGGAACUAGUGUAAAACUUUUCAUACCAAAAGCUUGUGAACUCUUUGAAGGAUAUUUUUGCAGUAAACAGAUCAGCAAAGAUGAUUCCUUUUACAAGCUUAAGG